UCUCUGAGAAGUGGAACUGCAGACACACCAGCUCACUUAUGAACACACCAAGCUGCAAAGUUUCCCGUGAACAUGGCAGAGUUUCAUGUCUUUGAAACACCUCUAUCAGGUUUUAAUUUCGAGAACUCGGCAAGAAAUGUUGUAUUGGACAAUGCUUUGGGUGAUGGGAACAGCAAGACGCCCAAACCUGUAAAAACAGGGACAACGAUCGCAGGACUGGUGUUUAAGGAUGGUGUGGUCCUGGGAGCUGAUACGAGGGCUACCUCCAGCGAAGUAGUUGCUGAUAAAAUGUGUGCCAAAAUUCACUACAUCGCUCCGAAUAUAUAUUGUUGCGGAGCAGGGACAGCAGCGGACACAUUUAAAACUACAGAACUUCUCUCUUCCAACCUCGCUAUUUUCUCCUUGAACAGCGAGAGGAACCCCAGAGUCACCAUGGCAGCUCAUAUAUUACAGGAUACGCUCUUUAGAUAUCGAGGUAUGAUUGGGGCACAUUUAAUUCUCGGAGGGGUUGACUUCUCGGGGAACCAUCUCUACACAGUGGAUCCCUAUGGAAGCAUAGAAAAGCUUCCAUAUCUUGCCAUGGGGUCUGGCAAUUUAGCUGCUAUGGGCAUCCUGGAGGACAGAUUUAAAGCCAAUAUGGAGCUAGAUGAGGCAAAGGCACUGGUGUGUGAUGCGAUCCACUCUGGCAUUAUGAGUGAUCUUGGUUCAGGCCACAACAUAGACCUGUGUGUGAUCAGCAAACAAGGGGUUGAUUACAUUAGACCUUAUCAGGAAUCUGAGUACAAGGAUACAAGGAUGAAGAAGUAUAAGUAUAAGAAAGGUACCACUCCAGUUUUGACAGAGAACGUGGUUCGCCUGGAACUGGAGCUUCUGCAAGAGACAGUUCAGAAGAUGGAGACAGCCUGAGCUGAGAAAACACAAUGGUUAUACAUAUAAUGAUAUUGCAAUAAAUUCCUGAUACAUGAUGCAUA